AUGGCUAUCACCAAUACUUCGAGUACCGUGCAGGGUAUCUUCUCGCUGCAUGUCAUCACAGCAGGAUGCAGCAUCAUCUUGUUUCUGGCUGCCAUUGCGCUGUUUGCCAGACAGGUCACUGGUGGACCGGCGCGACCACGCAUGUUUAUGCCGUUUUGGCAGUCGACGGGAAAGGGACAUAGUGCUGCAGCCACGCACUUCUUCGUCAUCUCGGGCCUCUUCUGCCUUCUCCUCGCGUACAGCACGCAAUCCGCCAUCGUAGCUUUGCAAUCCCGCUUCCCAGGCUCUUCUUUCGCCAUCACGCCCGCAUACUCAUAUCCCCGCUAUACCAGCGCCUACGGCUAUAACCCCGACAUCCCCUACGCGAAAAUCAUCUCCAUCCUGUCCUUCCUGUACCAAUGCGCCUGCAUCCUGCUCCAAGCCUGCAUCGUGGGCGGCAUCUGGAUUCUGGCCAACCACAUGCACAGCAACGGGACGCAUAUCCCCGAGCCAGGGUUCUUGAGCCUCGUGCUGAAUGCAUUUUGGCUGGUCGCUAUUGUCGGGCUGGGGCUUGCGAGCUGGAUUGUGGGACUUGCGAGGCGCGGCAGUGGGAAUAGUGCGAGCGCGUAUCCGGAGAUGGUACAGCGCGAUUAUACGGCGCGCACGCUGUAUGUGACGUACGUGGCUGUGGUGAUUACUGCGUCGAUGAGUGUGACGAUUGAGGCGGUGUUGUGUUGGAUUGGAAUGAGGAAGCAUGGGAGGGUCGGGAACCGCUUCCAAGCCCCCCUGACUAGACUUAUCGCACUCGUCACGCCGCUCGUGUGGAUCCGCAACUGCUUCUCCAUAGCACAGAUUGUGAUUAUAUACUACAACGUGACAAACUGGUCGCGCACGACAAACCAGGCCCUCGCAUUCCUCUUCAUCAUCUUCGGAGAGCUGUGCGAUCUGGGGAUCCUGGCUGUGCUGUUGCUGGGAGCUUGGAGCUUUGGACGCCGCGAUGAGGUGCCAGAGGGUGCGGUCAAGGAGGUGCGGUAUAGCGAGAGUGUUGUGAGGGAUGAUAUUGCUAGGUGAGCUUUCACCUUUUGGGGAGGGGGGUGAGGUUGAAUGUCGGUAUGGAUAUAUCUACAAUUGUAGAGGGGGAUUGAGAAGAAAGGCAGCGCCUGUAUGGGUGACGAGUAAUGUGUGGUGAUGAGAUGUUACGAGACUGGAAAACUUCCUUCUGAAGCGUAUUAUCCUGUAUAACGAUUUAAU